GGCCGCAGCCCCGCCCCUUCGACUCCCCAUUCUCGGCUUGGUGGGCGGGGCCUCGCUCGUUCGCGACCAAUCAACGCCGCGCUCGCUGGCGGGAGAGCGUCACUUCCGGCGGAAGCGGCGGCGGCCCCGAGGAUGUUUUACCACAUCUCCCUGGAGCACGAGAUCCUCCUGCACCCGCGGUACUUCGGGCCCAACCUGCUGAACACCGUGAAGCAGAAGCUGUUCACCGAGGUGGAGGGGACCUGCACCGGGAAGUACGGGUUCGUCAUCGCUGUCACCACCAUCGACAACAUCGGCGCCGGGGUGAUCCAGCCGGGCCGGGGCUUCGUCCUGUACCCCGUGCGCUACAAGGCCAUCGUGUUCCGGCCCUUCAAGGGAGAGGUGGUGGACGCCGUGGUCACCCAGGUCAACAAG